AUCCUGGUGAGUAAUAAAAUCACUGGAGUUUCUGUCGUCAAGGCUUUGUCAACUAUAAUUAUAUACGAAUAUAUUUCCCGUUCAUUUGAAUACAGAAAAUUACCAACGGUGAAGAAACCACGUGGUAUUAAAUAGGCAACAAUUUAAAAUAAUUUAUGGCCUCUAUUUUAUAUUAGACAACCUGUCGAUCAUUCAGUAGGGUUCCAAAAGACCCUAACAUGUUUCAUACUGAUUAAUAUUAAUUGAAUACAAUUCCAACUGAGUAUCUUUUCUAAAAUAGGUCAAAACACGCGUACAGACAGUUAAUAACUAAUUCAAUUUUUUCGAUAUCGAUUUCCCCCUUCAGAUAUAUUCAACGACAGUAAAACAAACAAAAAACAGAUAACGACAAGAUGCACACACAAUUAUACAAUGUUUUGCCACCUGGGGUAAAUACUCAGUCACAAUCCCAUUUAAGAUCGCAAACUUCCCAUUUAUCAAAUACACCAUUGAUUUAUUCUCAUUAUUAUCCAAAUGAUACAGUAUCACAAUCAACUCAUCAACACCAUCAUCACCACCACCAACAGCAACAUCGGGAGUUGUCACAGAUUACUACAACAACCCCACCACCACCACAGACCGGAUCAGGAGCAGCACCAUCUAAUUACAUAGAGAAUGUACCUAUUAUUGAAAAUUAUCACUUAUCAAAUGAAUCUAGACAUGUAACUGAUACUGACAGUUUAUUUCCAACUAUUGCACCAUAUACAACUAACUCAUUGUCAACAGCGUCCACGUUGUCAUCGUCCUCAUCCUCAUCUACUUCGAUAUCCUGUUCAACUUUAAUGCCCGAAACAGCAAUCGAUUAUAAUAAUCGUGGACACUUAAAUUAUGCUCUAUCUUAUUUAUCAAAUCAGACAAGUAAUAAUAAAAAUUUUAUUAAUUCAAAUUCGUAUCAUUCAUUGAAUCGUUUACAACAAAUAAACUCUUCAAAAGAAUCAAUUAGUGCGGAUCAUUUAAAAUUAUUAUAUCCUCAAUGUUAUGUUACCCCACCGACAUUGAAUGAAGAUUUAUUGGAUACUUCACAAUCGACUGGAUCAUGUGAUACUUCAUUGGCAAAUAUAUGGCCUCAAUCAAUUAUUAGUGCUCAAUAUUCAACAAAUUUUUUAUCUUCAUAUUCAACAGGGAUGGCAGCUGCAGCAGCAGCAGCUGCCGUGGCUGUCCAUUCCACAUCUUUUGAUUAUACACAACCAUCAGUGAUGUUAUCCCCUUCAGGAUCAAAUACAGCACAACUUUGUCGUCAUUUAAAUGACAGACAUUUAGGAAAUAAUAAUAAUAAUAAUAACAAUGAUAAUAAUAAUAAUUCAAAUUUAUGUAAUAAAACAACAGGACGUAUAAAAUCAACAAAUUAUUUAACGUCUACUCCAAUUUCAUCACAUGUUAAUGUAAAUAGUCAUAUUUCAGAGACAAAUUUUCCAUUACCAACCUAUUCUUCUGUAUCGACAUCAUCUUGUUUACCUUCUGCAACAUGUGAAUUAUAUAAUAUACCACAACAUAUUUUAUCUAAUCGUUUAUCAAUGAAUCAACAUAUAGCUUCCACUACAUUAACAUCUGUACCAACUGGUGAAGUAAGAAAUUUAAUCAAUAACGAAUUAUAUUAUUGUCAAUGGAUUGAUCCAGUACCUACAAUACCUGGUUCUAUACCGAAACCAUGUUCUAGAGUGUUUGAUUCAGUUACAGAAAUAGUUAAUCAUAUAACUUUAGAACAUGUUGGUGGUCCAGAACAAUUAGAUCAUACAUGUUAUUGGAAAGAUUGUAUACGAGAUGGUAAACCAUUUAAAGCAAAAUAUAAAUUAGUUAAUCAUAUUCGUGUACAUACUGGUGAAAAACCAUUUCCAUGUCCAUUUAGUGGAUGUAUGAAAGUAUUUGCACGUAGUGAAAAUUUAAAAAUUCAUAAAAGAACACAUACUGGUGAAAAACCAUUUGUUUGUGAAUUCGAAGGAUGUGAUCGUCGAUUUGCUAAUAGUUCCGAUAGAAAAAAGCAUAUGCAUGUACAUAUGAAUGAUAAACCAUAUUUUUGUCGAUUUAAAGGAUGUGAUAAAAGUUAUACACAUCCUAGUUCAUUACGUAAACAUUUACGUGUACAUUAUUUAUCACCGAAUGAUGCAUUAAAUCCAACAGACUAUGAUACACACUCGAACUCAAGUGAUACAAUCAAUAAUAAUAAUAAUAAUAAUAAUAAUAGUGACAAUAAUCAACUUAAUACAAAUGAUUCACGUACAUGCACACGUACUAAUAACAUGAAUAUGACAGAAGUUCUAACACGUGAGUCUCAUAAUUCUGUUAAUCCUACAAAUUAUUUUUAUCCUAUGAUGAAUCGAGAUAAUGUUGAUUGUUUACGUAAUAAUAAUUGUACUGGUAAUAGUACUACUACUAAUCACAAUAACAAUUGUACUAGUACACUGAAUAAAUUGAGAAAAAAAACUCAAGAUAGUCCUAUACAUACUUCAGAUUUUUUAUUACGUAAAGCUUCAAGAAAACGUCAUUAUUCUACUAGAAAUGAAUAUGAUUCAGAGAGUUUUACACAUGUUAAUACAACUACAACUACUAAUAUAACUAGUAGUAGUAUUAAUAUUCGAUCACCAUCUUCAAAAGAUUUUAUGUCACAGUUAGCAGCAGUAGUAUGUGGUCCAACUGAAAAAGAGUUUAAAUCCCAACGAAAUAAUUUAAAUUAUAAUGAAUUUCAAGGAACAGUUCAACAACAUUCUGAAAAUAUUUCACAAUUUCAUAAUGAUACAUUUAUGUGGGGACAAUUGGAUAAUGAACUCCCUAUAACAAAUAACCGUAAUAAUAAUUAUAAGAAAACAAAUACUAAUCUAUCUUAUUUAUCAUCCAAUCAUAAUAUUGAUCCAUUUUUAUCAAAUUCACGUAUGUAUUCAUCAUUAAAUUUUGGACAGUCUUUAUCAACAUUAUCACAACUAGCACCAUCUUCUCCAACAGAUAUUAUAACACAACAUGAAAUGAAUAUAGAUAGUGUAAAGAUGAAAUCCGAUCUAUUGAAUUUAAAUCGCUCUUAUGAAUUACAUAACAAUGUAAUUCAUACUGGUAAUAGUAAUCCAUAUGUUAAUUUACAUCACCAACAACAUGAAGAACAAAUGGAUCAUUUACAACAUUCAUCAUCACAAUAUACAUUGAAUGAAUAUACUCAAAAUUUAUUUCAUGCAAAUGAUUUUUUAAUGGAAACUCAAAAAAAUUUUGGAUUAAUAAAACAUCCUUAUUAUCAUACUCAACAACAACAACAACAACGUCAAGGAUCAUAUUGUUUCUUACCAUCAUCACAUCAAUAUCAUUCCGAUAGCCAACAACCUCAAGAAUCUCAACAUUUUCAACGGCAACAAAUGAAUUCCUCUCCAAAAUUAUAUAAUAAUUUAUAUUCACUUGAGACAAAUCUUUUAUAUCCAUGUAAUGAUAAUAAUAAUAAUAAUAGUACUAAUUCACAAUCUAUACAUAAUUUACAACAACAUCAAAAACAUUUAACAUCAGAGAAUUUACUAACACAACAAUCACAACAACAUUCAGUCUAUUCAGAAACAAGUCAUCAAUCGAAUUCAACUGAUUCUGACUUAGAAAAUAGUAGUAUUUUAUUUAAAACUAAUUUAUCAGCAAAUAAUUCAUUUAUAAACAAUAAUAAUAAUGGCAAUAGUAAUAAUAAUAAUAAUAAUAAUUCGAUCACAUCUUGCACUGGUAAUAUUCUAUCAACAAUAAACAAUGAUCAUAAUAAUUUAUCCAUUACAAAUGUACCAGUAAUUUCUACACCGACUAUCAUAACAAGUUGUGAAACAAGUUCAUCAACAAUUUCAUUAUUCUCACAAUUGAAUGAAAAUAAAUUAAAAGAGAAUUUACAAGUGAAUAAUAAUAAUAAUAAUUCUACGGAUUUAUCAUUAUCAGAAACAUUAACAUGUGGAGUACGAUUUCCUGUAGCUAAUUCAUUAUCAAAUUGGCUUUCAUUGAAUAAUAGAAAUGGAAUAUCAGUUACAAAUUAUUUAGGAUGGUCAAUGUUAAAUAAUGAUAAAACAAUGAUCACAUCUAACAUAAAUAAUAAUACUGAUGAAUUAAAUCAUCACUCAUUAGACAAUAAUAAUAAUACUAAUAGUAAUCAGACAGAUAGGAUAAACAGUAUUGAUCGUAUACCUUCAACGGUACAUCAUCAAAUGAAAUGUUGUGAGAAUUUUGAUAAUAUUCCCUUAUCGAACAAUAAUAAUAAUAAUAAUAAUAAUAAUAAUAAUAAUAAUAGUUUUCUUAAUAAUGAUAACGAGAAAGAUACCAAUAAUCAAUGUACAUUCACAAAAAAUAAAAUCAAAGAUUCAAUAAUUUCCCCGUAUAUUUCAAAUUGUACAUUUUCAUAUAUUUGUAAUUCAGAUGAUGAGCAUAAAUUGCAUGAUAAAGAAGAAAAUGAUAGACGAAAUAAAAUAAUUGAGCAUAAGAAUGAUUAUAUUGACAACUACUAUUCGUCAUCAUCUUCUACAAUAAUAGAUUGUGUUAAUGAUUCUUCAACUUUAUGCUCACUGAUAAAUAAUUCAGUUAUUCAUGGAAAUAUUAACAAUACUAAUGCCGGUACUAAUUCUCUUUCUGUUACAACUACUACUAUUACUACUAAUGCUAAUAAUGAUGAUAAUAAUAAUGAUAAAUAGCAUAUGUAACACUUUACAAGUUAAAUUAUUCAAAUUCUAAUCUAUUUUUUCAUACUUCCAUUAUAAUUCUCUUCUACUGAAGAUUAUUUAUUUACGUAAUUCAUUGGUCUAUUUGAUUAUCUCCGAUCCUUCCCCCCGGUGUACAUAAAUAUAUUCAUUGCUCUAUCAGCUCUUAUUUUCGG